AUGAUAGCUGUAAAUCAAAAAUCUGAAAUAAGAUACCGAAUUUUAGCCAAUAGACCGGGUUAUGGACCUGGUUAUAGACCAGUCCUGGACCGCGGUCCAGUCCCCGGUCCUCUGCUAGGACCGGUCUUUGGGACUAAGACCGGACUGGGACGGACCGUAACAUCCCUAGGUAUCCCAGGAAUUAUGAAAACAGCUGCAAUAGAUUCAAUAAAAAUUGUGUUCCAGGAAUUAUGA